CCAACAGAAAUCCUAGCCAUCAGCCACCUUUAAUUUCUUAGUCCUCUUUAUAUUAGUACUCCUCUUCCACACAAACCUUCUUUCUCUCUCUCUCCUUCUCUGCUCUUUUUUCUGUCUCUGAUAAAGAAGAUGCAGUAACAUUAAUCCAUUUUGUAGCUAGCCUUUGUAAAGUUCUCCAUAUGAGAUGUCCUUAUUAUGCCAACGAAGUGUCUCUUUUGCCCCAAUAUUGACUUUAACCAAGCAAUUCAUUGGGGUGAGAGAUAUAUAGAGAUUUUCUCACCAGUCAUUUUACCUGUCCGUAGCAAGAAAAAUACCAUUGAAACAAAAAAGUUGAACGGUCAAUUAUGGUUGAUUCAUUUGCAGAAUAUUGCAAAAGGUCUCUGCAAAGCUGGUAACCCAAUAAUGGAUCGCUUCCCAAUAAUAUUGGUCAGGUACCACUACUACUAGUCUAGUCUUUUUCUCUCUUUUCUUGUCCUUCUCUUCUUAUUACUUCUAAAAUACCAAAACUUAUAACCAUCACCAGUUCAAUUUUACCACCUUGGCAAUACUUUUCUCUAAUCCCUUCCUCUCAUGAUGCAAUUUACUGAGAGUUUACCUUUACCACCAUCACUUCACCAACAAGUUUCACCAUUUUCAAGUUUGAUGAUGGACAAAAAUAGUACUAAUAAUCAGAUCCAAUGUGCACGACCGCGGCCUGGUUUUCACACAUCAAAAAAUAUGGGAACCAUUGGUGACACAAAUUGCAUGGAGCAAUUGUUAGUCCACUGUGCCAAUGCCAUCGAGAGCAACGACUCGACUUUAGCACAACAAAUCUUGUGGGUCCUUAAUAAUAUUGCCCCUCCUGAUGGUGACUCGAACCAACGCCUCACUUGUGGAUUCCUUCGAGCCCUAAUUGUCCGCGCAGCAAAAAUUGGUACUUGCAAAUUGCUCACUACCAAUCUCAAUCAUUCAAUGGAAACUCAUAAAUUUUCCAUCAUAGAGCUUGCAAGUUUCGUUGACUUGACCCCGUGGCAUCGGUUCGGGUUCACGGCUGCUAACGGAGCUAUAUUAGAAGCUGUGGAAGGCUACUCUAUAAUUCACAUUGUUGAUUUUAGCUUGACUCAUUGCAUGCAAAUUCCCACACUUAUAGAUGCAAUUUCCACUCGACCAGAAGGACCGCCGUUAGUCAAACUAACGGUAGCGGGUGCAACGGAAGAUUUACCACCUAUGCUUGAUCUUUCUUACGAGGAAUUAGGUGCUAAAUUGGUAAAUUUCGCAAGGUCAAGAAACGUUAUGAUGGAAUUUAGAGUGAUUCCUUCAAGUUCAUCAGACGGGUUUUCAAAUGUAAUCGAACAGCUACGUGUCCAAAAUCUAAUACGUCCAGAUAAUGGCGAGGCACUAGUAAUAAAUUGUCACAUGAUGCUUCAUUACAUACCGGAGGAAACAACAUUGUCAAAUCGAUUUACCUCGGAGUGUACUACUAAUUUGUUCCGUACCAUGUUUCUUAAGGCCAUUCGUAAUUUGGACCCGACAAUUGUCGUGUUAGUGGACGAAGACGCGGAUUUUACGUCUAAUAAUCUUGUAUGUCGAUUAAGGUCCGCGUUUAAUUAUUUAUGGAUACCUUAUGAUACUGUGGAUACGUUUCUUCCGAGAGGGAGCAAGCAAAGGCAGUGGUACGAAGCGGAUAUUUGCUGGAAGAUAGAAAAUGUUAUAGCUCACGAGGGUGUUCAGAGACUCGAAAGGCUGGAACCGAAGAGCCAGUGGGUGCAACGUAUGAGAAAUGCAAAUUUCAGGAGUAGUGGUUUUAGUGAAGAAGGAGUUACGGAAGUGAAGAACAUGUUGGAUGAGCAUGCAGCUGGGUGGGGGCUAAAGAGAGAUGAGGAAGAUCUUGUGCUUACAUGGAAAGGACAUAAUGUCGUGUUUGCUACUGCUUGGGUUCCUCUUAAUUAAUUUCAUUUGGCUUAGUGUUUUCGUUUUAUUUGAUCUUGAUCUAAUCUCGAUUACUAGUAUUCCAUAUAUCA